GACAGACACAGAUCUCAGGUGCAGAGACAAUGGCGAAUCUCUCGAGUCUGAUGGACAGUGAGGUGCUGCGGGCGUAUGCCACCUACUCCACCAUUGUCCUCCUGAAGAUGAUGGUGAUGAGCAUUGCCACUGCGUACUUCCGACUUACCAAGAAGGUUUUUGCAAACCCUGAAGACGCCAGAGUUCACGCUAAGGGAGGGGACACCAAAAAGCUACUGAAAACAGAUGAAGAUGUCGAACGUGUUCGCAGGUGCCACCUGAAUGACAUUGAGAACAUUGUACCAUUCGUUGCCAUUGGCUUGAUCUACGCCCUCACCAACCCUAAUUUGGCUAGUGCUUUGCUGCAUUUCCGGAUCUUUACCGGAUCCAGAAUCCUACACACCAUUGCUUACUUACUGCCCCUCCCUCAGCCCAGCCGGGGCCUGACAUGGGUCGUAGGGUAUUUAGUCACUAUUUCCAUGGCAGUUGGGAUAUUACGGGGGGUUCUGUACCUUUAGGAAUUGGGGGAUGAUCCUCUGGAAUUGGAUGUGACCUUCAGGGUCUGUAUUGGGGUCUUGACUUCCCUCUGCAGUUGUCCAGUCUUCAUGUGAAAUGCAAAUAAACCAUGAAAAAGGA